AUGGAAGACUUGACACAAAACAUCUCAUGGCUCUACUGGGUGAACCGAAUACCUCCUCGCGCGUUGGCAUACCUCCAAGGCGCUGUACCUCAACUGCUUGUCGCUGCGGUGGUAGCGCUUGUUCCGUCGCUUCUGCGAUAUCUUUCCUCUUGGCACUGUCAUGUCACUCAUGCUCAGGCAGAGAUAGCGUACUAUAGAUACUACUCGGCCUUCCUCUUCUUACAAGCUUUCUUGCUAGUGUCAAUCUCGUCGAGUUUGAUGGUCACAUUGUCUGAAGUCCUGAACAAGCCAUCUGCAAUACCCAGAGUGCUGGCCUUGAAUCUCCCCAAAGCCGGUAACUAUUUCAUCUCUUUCUUGACUUUACAGGGAUUUUCGCUUUUCGCAGACAUGAUUGCGCAAUGGGCUUAUCUUCUCAAGAAAACAUUCAAGAGCCGUUUCUUGAGCUCGACGCCCCGU